UGUCUUCACGCUCGUCCUGGUCUUGGUCUUCCACCAUGCCGGUCUUCUACUCGCCUCUGUCAGAAAACCUGCGCGUCGGCCUGGCCCACGUGGGGAGUUCUGUUUGGACCAGCAACAGGACGGCGGAACACCUGGGCAAAGACCACGAUGACCACUCUGGGGUCAACGAGCUGGUGUCUCACCUUCCUCUGCAGAUGUUGCUCUACUUCAACAUGUUCUACUUCCCCUGCUGGUGGUUCUCCUCCGUCUUCAUGCUGCAGUUGAAGUACCAGUACCUCCCGGCGUACUACCAGGGUCUUCUCAUCACGGGCGUGGUCCUCCUGACGCUGGUGGAAGGGCUCAGACUCUACCUGGGUUACCUUGGCAACCUGCAAGAGAAGGUCCCGGAGCUGUCGGCCUUUUGGCUGCUGACGUUCCUGUUCCAGCUGCCGGUGCUUCUCUUCUUCCUGACGGACGAGGAGAUCCUCAUCCUGCCUCUGGAGCGGGCCGUGCACGCCCUCUACCUGACCUUCCUGCUGGCCCAGAUCCUGGCCGCCACCUUGGCGCUGCGUAGGAUGACCCGGAAGCUCACCUUGCUCUUCCACCUGCGCCAGCUGAGUAAAGUGGACAGCUUGGGCCAGCGCUCCACGCCCGUGUGCGGCCUGACGUAUCGCCGCAGCGUGUUGCCUGUGUCGCCCACCUGUGCCGCUUACCCCUGAACUAUACUUUUUUUUUUUUAACGUACAACACAAUUUCCACAGAGCCUGAGCAGCAAAAAGCUGCCAAGGCCCUACUAUUGAAAUGACUUUGUUUAUUAUUAUUCUCCAUUUUUGAGGGCAGUAACAUGCACGGACCAGUACUUCAUAAAUUGGCUCUCUAGCGCCCCCCUUUAAAAUGAAAAAAAAAAAUCGAGCCCCUCGCCACAGAAUCUUGUGUCAUCAGGAAAACCUGCCGGUGGCGUCUAUCGUGACAAGACUCACGUGAUAGUCUCAAGAACCCACAUCUGAAAACCAACAGGGAGUUGGCCGUCUUGGUUUCCUCAGGCCAUGUUUAGGCCAAAAACAGGGGUCGUACUUUAACGAAAUCAUUUCAGGGAGUUUGACCGAAUGAGUCGCGGUUAAAAUAACGGACAAUAGAUGAUGAAUUAUGAAGGAAUUUUGGCUACGCCUUAGGACAGGCAUUGGGCUGAAAUAAUUUGGUUGAUAUAUAUAUACAGGUAAAA